GUCGGCGUAGGGCUCUCUGCAGGCCAACAACAAGAACUCUGUCACUUCUCUUCUGUGUGAGAAGAUAGAAGAAUAAAAAUAAGUUUUGUAAAACAAUAUAAAGAAAUUUUAUUAGAUAAAAGUGCAAAACAAUAAUAAAAACAUUAAUAGUUGAUUAUAAACAGUGUCAAAUAAAAAUAUCAAUAUAUUUAAGUGUUUUAAAAGAAAGUAAGGUGUAAAGAAUAUUGAUGAAACAUGUAGAAAAGUGCCCAAACAACAAAAGAAAUUCAACUAACCGAUUGGAAAAUAAAACAAAAAUAUGGAAUUAAUUUACAAGAAAAUACUAUUUUCCUAACAAAAUAAAAGGAAUCAAAAGUUGAAUACAACUGAAUCACAAAAUUAUCUACAAAAACACCAAAGUGUAAUUCAAAAAAAACCCAACGUCGUCAUCGUCGUCGUCUUCGUCAAUAUCUUUAGAUUAUUUUAUUUUUUUAUAUUCUUUUGUUAUCGAUAUCUAUAUAUACAGCGUCGUUUUGGGCAGCAAAUUGUCAUUACCAAACGUAAAACUGGGAAAAAUUAUGAACUUGUGUUCAUCGGUCGGUGCAACAGCAUCAUCGACAUCGUUAGCAUCAGACGAUUCACAACAAGAAACAACAACUGCCUGUGGUGGCGGUGGUGGUGGUGGUAGUGCAUCAAAUUCAUCUGCCUGUGCUGGAGGCGGCGGUGGUGGUGGAGGAGGUGCUGUAGCAUUGACAACACAUUGUUUUGGUAAUUUAACAACGCCCAGUUUACAUACAUCUGCAUCAUCAAGUUCGCAUCAUCAUUCACAUCACAAUCAGGGAAAUAGUAGUUCAAAUAACAACGAAAUGCCACCAGAAACCAGACCUAAAGUGGUGACUGUCAAGCACCCAGAAUCGAAUAAACCAAAACCGACAAUGAAAAAAACGAAACCCAUACAAGCCGAUCAAGAUGUUAUCAAGGCACUGCAAAGAUGUCGAGAUGAAGGCAUAAAACGUUUGGAUUUGAGUAAAUCAUCCAUAACCGUUAUACCGCCCAGUGUUAAAGAUUGUGUACAUUUAACAGAAUUGUAUUUGUACAGUAAUAAAAUCGGUCAAUUGCCUCAAGAAAUUGGUCAUUUGGUGAAUUUGAAAACCUUGGCUUUGAAUGAAAAUUCUCUAACCUCAUUACCCGAUACCCUGCAAAAUUGCAAACAACUUAAGGUGCUGGAUUUAAGACACAAUAAAUUGGCGGAAAUUCCAGCCGUCAUAUACAAACUGCGUUCUCUUACUACCUUAUACUUGAGAUUCAAUCGUAUCACAUUGGUGGCUAAUGAUUUAAGAAAUUUAACCAACCUCACUAUGUUAAGUUUAAGAGAGAAUAAAAUACGUGAAUUGGGCGACUGUAUAGGUGCUUUGGUUAAUUUGACUACACUGGAUGUGUCACACAAUCAUUUGGAACAUUUACCCGAAGAUAUUGGAAAUUGCGUUAAUUUAAGUGCUUUGGAUUUGCAGCACAAUGAAUUGCUAGACAUACCCGAGACUAUAGGAAAUCUAAAGAAUUUAGUGCGUUUGGGUCUGCGCUACAAUCGCUUGAGUUCGGUGCCGAAUUCGCUCAAGAAUUGCAAAUGCAUGGAUGAGUUUAAUGUGGAGGGCAACAGUAUUACCCAACUGCCAGACGGUUUAUUAGCAUCACUAAGUGCUUUGACCACCAUCACACUGUCACGCAAUGCGUUCAGCAGUUAUCCCACUGGUGGUCCAGCACAAUUCACUAAUGUUUAUAGUAUUAAUUUGGAACACAAUCGUAUUGAUAAAAUACCCUACGGCAUAUUUUCUCGUGCCAAGGGUUUAACUAAACUAAAUAUGAAGGAAAAUGUCUUGACAGCUUUACCGCUGGAUGUUGGUACCUGGGUGAAUAUGGUUGAAUUGAAUUUGGCCACAAAUGCUUUACAAAAAUUGCCCGAUGAUAUUAUGAAUUUACAAAAUCUGGAAAUUCUAAUACUCUCAAACAAUAUGCUCAAAAAGAUACCCAAUACUAUAGGACAGUUGCGCAAAUUGCGUAUUUUAGACUUGGAAGAGAAUCGUAUAGAGGUGCUGCCCAAUGAAAUUGGCCUAUUGCAUGAAUUGCAAAAGCUAAUACUACAAACAAAUCAAAUAUCUAUGUUGCCCCGUAGCAUAGGACAUUUAAAUAAUUUAACCCAUUUAUCGGUAAGCGAAAAUAAUCUACAAUUUUUACCCGAAGAAAUUGGUUCUUUGGAAAAUUUGGAAAAUCUUUAUAUCAAUCAAAAUCCUUGCUUGGAAAAACUACCCUACGAGUUGGCCUUGUGCACAAACCUUAAAUAUCUUAACAUCGACAAGUGUCCCCUGAGCACCAUACCGCCCGAAAUACAGGCAGGAGGUCCCUCAUUAGUUUUACAGUGGCUAAAAAUGCAUUCACCGUAUAGGCAAAUGUGAGUGGAUGGUGUUAUACGUACUUAUUACGUAGGAAAUGCAUAUUAUUAUCAAAAUUCACCAGCUCAACAGCCACAAACACAAGAGCAAAACUAACAGAGAACCAGAAAAAAGUGUGUAAUUACAUGAGUAUGCGUCUAUGACAUCUAAAAUGGAAAUUUGAUUCAUAUCUUAAAGAUUUAUUUAUAUUUCAAAAAAAGCCAACUAACAACUACUACUACGACUAUUUAUUUUUAAUAAAUUGAAACUUAUUUAAGAACUUUUGAAUGAAACCAAUUUAUAGAAAAAAAGGUUCUUCGAACAAUUUAUUUAAAACCAAACGAAUGCUUAAUCAAAACACAACUAAUAACAAAAGUUCUACUUACAAUAAGCGUAUUAAAAAAUAACUUGAAAAUCUAUAUACAUAUUAAUUUAUAAAAAAACAUAUAAUGAAGCUUUAAUUUGUUAAGUCAAAUAACAUAGAACAAAAGAAACCCUCUAAGCCUAUAGAAAAAUAUCAGCUUAAGAAAAUGUUUAAACUCGAUUAAAAUAUUUUUUACUAAAACGCGUAUAUAAGUACACAUAGAACAACGUUUCAACUAACUAUGUUACACGUAUAAAUGUACUUUCUUCGAUUUUUUAUUCAGCUUUUGCAAAAUCUUCAAUAUUAUCCAUUUUUAUUUCAACAAUCUUCAAAGUCAUCGAUAUAAAGACUUUUAAUGUCCAAAGAAAACAAUAGCUGCAGAAAAAUAAAGAUUGUUUUCCAACAAAACUACAACUAAACUAUUUUCUUAAAAAAAAAAACGAAUAAAAAUUUGUCCAAUUAAA